AUGAAGGAACUGGAACUCUUGAUGAAGAAGAGUGAGAAUAGUGAUAGUAAGAGAAUGAGAAAGCAAGAAAGAGAAGAUUGGGUUCACAGAGAAGAUGAAGUGGUUCUCCAGUGCAUCGCGAACGUUCACAAGGAGCAAAGGAAGUUCUGCUUGGCAGCUGAAGGGCUCGGGAAUCGCCUGUGCUUCUUGGAACCCACGUCAGAAGCCAAGUACGUUCCUCCAGAUCUCUGCGUCUGCAAUUUUGUGCUGGAACAGUCCCUGUCUGUUAGAGCCCUGCAGGAAAUGCUCGCCAACACAGGUGAAGAUGGCGGCGAAGGGGCAGCACAAGGGGGUGGCCACAGGACCCUGCUGUAUGGCCACGCGAUUCUCCUACGACACUCUUUCAGCGGAAUGUAUCUAACAUGUUUGACUACAUCAAGAUCCCAGACAGAUAAACUUGCCUUUGAUGUAGGUCUACGGGAACAUGCCUCAGGAGAAGCCUGUUGGUGGACCAUGCAUCCUGCUUCCAAACAGCGGUCUGAGGGAGAAAAAGUCCGAAUUGGAGAUGACCUCAUCCUCGUCAGCGUGUCCUCUGAAAGAUACCUUCAUCUCUCAGUAUCAAAUGCUACCAUACAAGUGGAUGCCUCCUUUAUGCAGACACUCUGGAAUGUACAUCCUACGUGCUCAGGAAGUGGCAUCGAAGAAGGAUACCUACUUGGUGGGCAUGUAGUGCGUCUUUUCCAUGGUCAUGAUGAGUGUUUGACGAUACCAUCUACAGACCAGAAUGAUUCCCAGUACAGUAUCGUGUUCCUUGUUGGCGUGCUUGAGGGAGGUUACAUCCAUGCGGAGUGCUGGAGUGGCAGUAACAUAAGAUGGGGCCAGGCUUUCCGACUACGGCAUCUCACCACUGGCCACUACCUGGCCUCGACAGAGGACCAAGGCCUUAUACUGCAAGACCGGGGAAAGUCAGACACCAAGUCCACAGCCUUCUCUUUCAGGGCAUCAAAGGAAAUCAAGGAGAAACUGGAUUCCAAUCACAAGCGAGAUGUCGAUGGCAUGGGAGUUCCAGAAAUCAAGUAUGGCGAUUCUGUCUGCUUUGUCCAGCACAUAGCCAGUGGUCUGUGGGUGACCUACAAAGCCCAGGAUGCCAAGACAUCCCGCCUCGGACCUCUGAAAAGAAAGGUCAUACUCCAUCAGGAAGGCCACAUGGAUGAUGGAUUAAUGCUGCAGAGAUGCCAGCGUGAGGAGUCCCAGGCUGCUCGGAUCAUCCGGAACACAACUGCCUUAUUCAGCCAGUUUGUAAGUGGAAACAAUCGCACAGCUGCCCCUGUCACCCUGCCAAUAGAAGAGGUCCUGCAGACCCUACAGGACUUAAUCGCCUAUUUCCAGCCCCCAGAGGAAGAGAUGCAGCAUGAAGACAAGCAGAACAAGCUCCGCUCACUCAAAAACAGACAGAAUCUUUUCAAGGAAGAGGGAAUGUUGGCCCUUGUGUUAAAUUGCAUCGAUCGCUUAAAUAUCUACAACAGCGUAGCCCACUUCGCAGGAAUUGCCAGGGAAGAGAGUGGCAUGGCCUGGAAAGAAAUCCUGAACCUCCUGUACAAAUUGCUGGCUGCCCUCAUUCGUGGAAACAGAAACAAUUGCACUCAAUUCUCCAAUAACCUGGAUUGGCUAAUCAGCAAAUUGGACAGACUAGAAUCUUCCUCAGGUAUCUUGGAAGUUUUGCACUGCAUCCUGAUUGAAAGCCCAGAAGCCUUAAAUCUGAUAGCAGAGGGCCACAUCAAGUCCAUCAUCUCCCUGUUGGAUAAACAUGGGCGGAAUCACAAGGUUCUAGAUGUGCUGUGCUCCCUCUGUCUCUGCAAUGGGGUCGCCGUGAGAGCCAACCAGAACCUGAUCUGUGACAACUUGCUUCCCCGGAGAAACCUGCUCCUGCAGACACGGCUGAUUAACGACGUGACAAGUGUUCGGCCAAAUGUCUUCCUGGGAGUUGCUGAAGGCUCAGCGCAGUAUAAGAAGUGGUACUUCGAGCUCAUUAUUGACCAGGUGGAGCCCUUUCUAAUGGCAGAGCCCACACACCUGCGGGUGGGCUGGGCCUCUUCGUCAGGCUAUGCUCCAUACCCCGGAGGCGGAGAAGGGUGGGGAGGCAACGGCGUUGGUGAUGACCUGUACUCCUAUGGCUUUGAUGGACUCCACCUUUGGUCAGGCCGCAUUCCCAGAGCCGUGGCCUCCAUCAACCAGCACCUUCUGAAAUCGGACGACGUGGUGAGCUGCUGCCUGGACCUUGGAGUGCCCAGUAUUUCUUUCCGCAUCAACGGGCAGCCUGUGCAGGGGAUGUUUGAGAACUUCAGCACAGAUGGGCUCUUCUUCCCUGUGGUGAGCUUUUCAGCAGGUGUCAAAGUACGUUUCCUGAUGGGUGGACGUCAUGGAGAAUUCAAGUUUCUGCCUCCCUCGGGCUAUGCCCCUUGUUAUGAAGCCUUACUUCCCAAAGAAAAGAUGAGAUUGGAGCCUGUCAAAGAAUAUAAACGUGAUGCUGAAGGCAUCAGAGAUCUGUUGGGCACCACCCAGUUCCUCUCCCAAGCCUCUUUCAUCCCAUGCCCCAUAAACACCAGUCAGGUUGUCUUGCCAUCUCACCUAGAGAAGAUCCGAGACAGACUAGCUGAAAACAUCCACGAGCUUUGGGGAAUGAAUAAAAUAGAGCUUGGCUGGACUUUUGGCAAGAUACGGGAUGACAAUAAAAGACAACACCCCUGCCUUGUGGAGUUUUCCAAGCUGCCCGAAACUGAGAAGAAUUAUAACCUACAAAUGUCAACUGAAACCUUAAAGACCCUCCUGGCCUUGGGAUGCCACAUCGCUCAUGUUAAUCCAGCUGCUGAAGAGGCUCUCAAGAAGGUCAAACUGUCCAAAAACUACAUGAUGUCCAAUGGCUAUAAGCCGGCCCCUUUGGAUCUGUCUGAUGUGAAGCUGUUACCUCCUCAGGAAAUUUUAGUGGAUAAGCUGGCAGAAAAUGCACAUAAUGUUUGGGCAAAAGACAGAAUAAAACAAGGAUGGACCUAUGGCAUUCAACAGGAUUUGAAGAACAAAAGAAACCCCCGUCUGGUGCCAUAUGCAUUACUGGAUGAGCGUACCAAGAAGUCCAACAGGGACAGUCUUCGUGAAGCUGUUCGGACAUUUGUUGGUUAUGGCUAUAACAUCGAGCCAUCAGACCAAGAACUAGCUGACCCAGCUAUGGAGAAAGUCAGCAUAGACAAGAUUCGAUUUUUCCGGGUAGAACAGUCUUAUGCGGUGAGAUCUGGAAAGUGGUAUUUUGAGUUUGAGGUGGUGACCGAAGGAGACAUGCGUGUUGGCUGGGCCAGGCCAGGCUGUCGGCCUGACAUUGAGCUGGGGGCCGAUGACCAAGCCUUUGUGUUUGAAGGCAGCAGGGGCCAGUGUUGGCAUCAAGGGAGUGGGUAUUUUGGACGUACCUGGCAGCCAGGAGAUGUAGUUGGAUGUAUGAUUAACCUGGAUGAUGCUUCAAUGAUCUUCACACUUAACGGGGAGCUGCUGAUCACCAACAAAGGCUCUGAACUCGCCUUCGCUGAUUAUGAAAUUGAAAAUGGCUUUGUGCCCAUCUGCUCUCUGGGACUGUCUCAGAUCGGCCGCAUGAAUCUCGGGAUGGACGCCAGUACCUUCAAGUUUUAUACCAUGUGUGGCCUCCAAGAGGGCUUUGAGCCUUUUGCUGUCAACAUGAACCGAGAUGUUGCCAUGUGGUUCAGCAAGCGCCUCCCAACAUUUGUCAACGUGCCAAAGGAUCAUCCGCAUAUAGAGGUCGUGAGGAUUGAUGGCACCAUAGACAGCCCUCCAUGCCUCAAGGUGACCCACAAGACGUUUGGCACACAGAAUAGCAAUGCCAACAUGAUCUACUGCCGCCUAAGCAUGCCCAUCGAGUGCCACUCUUCCUUCAGCCACAGCCCCUGUCUGGACAGUGAUGCUUUCCAGAAAAGGAAACAGAUGCACGAAAUCCUCUCUCAAACAACAACACAGUGCUACUACGCAAUCCGCAUCUUUGCUGGACAGGACCCCUCCUGUGUCUGGGUUGGAUGGGUGACUCCCGACUAUCACUUAUACAGUGAGAAGUUUGAUCUGAGUAAAAACUGUACGGUGACUGUUACUCUGGGGGAUGAACGCGGCCGUGUCCAUGAAAGUGUAAAGCGCAGCAACUGCUACAUGGUCUGGGGUGGGGACAUUGUGGCCACUUCCCAACGGUCAAGUCGCAGCAACGUGGACCUGGAGAUCGGCUGCCUUGUGGACCUGGCAAUGGGCAUGCUGUCAUUCUCGGCCAAUGGGAGAGAACUCGGCACCUGCUACCAGGUGGAGCCCAAUACAAAAGUGUUUCCGGCAGUCUUCCUGCAGCCUACAAGCACUUCUUUGUUUCAGUUUGAACUUGGGAAGCUGAAGAAUGCAAUGCCCCUGUCGGCAGCCAUAUUUAAGAGUGAGGAAAAGAACCCAGUCCCACAGUGUCCGCCGCGGCUGGACGUCCAGACCAUCCAGCCAGUGCUCUGGAGCCGCAUGCCCAGCAGCUUCCUGAAGGUGGAGACAGAGCGGGUGAGCGAGCGCCACGGCUGGGUGGUGCAGUGCCUGGAGCCCCUGCAGAUGAUGGCACUCCACAUCCCCGAGGAGAACAGGUGUGUGGAUAUCCUGGAGCUCUGUGAGCAGGAGGACCUGCUGCAGUUCCACUACCACACGCUGCGACUCUACAGCGCCGUAUGUGCCCUGGGGAACAGCCGAGUAGCCUACGCCCUGUGCAGCCACGUGGACCUCUCCCAGCUCUUCUAUGCCAUUGAUAACAAGUACCUCCCUGGCCUGCUUCGGUCUGGUUUCUAUGACCUGCUCAUCAGCAUCCAUUUGGCCAACGCUAAGGAGAGAAAGCUGAUGAUGAAGAAUGAGUAUAUCAUCCCCAUUACCAGCACCACCAGGAGAAUCCGCCUGUACCCAGACAAGUCCAAGAGGCAUGGGCUGCCUGCAGUCGGCCUGAGAACAUGCCUCAAGCCAGGGUUCAGGUUCUCCACCCCUUGCGUUGUCAUGACCAGUGAGGAGCACCAGAAGCAGAGCCCCGAGAUUCCCUUGGAGAUUCUCAGGACAAAGGCACUGAGCAUGCUGAGAGAGGCUGUGCAGUGCAGCGGGGCACACAUCCGGGACCCUGUUGGGGGCUCUGUGGAGUUCCAGUUUGUGCCUGUGCUGAAGCUCAUUGGAACCCUGCUGGUCAUGGGGGUGUUCGACGAUGAUGACGUUCGGCAGAUCCUCCUCCUGAUCGAUCCCACUGUGUUUGGAGAGCACAGUGGGGAGACAGAAGAGGGGGCAGAGAAGGAGGAAGUGACUCAGGUGGAGGAGAAGGCAGUGGAGGCUGGGGAAAAGGCCAGCAAGGAGGCUCCAGUCAAAGGCUUGUUACAGACCAGGUUACCGGAGCCUGUCAAGCUGCAGAUGUGUGAGCUCCUCAGCUACUUCUGUGACUGUGAGCUGCAGCACCGAGUGGAGGCCAUUGUGGCAUUUGGCGACCUUUAUGUCUCCAAGCUCCAGGCCAAUCAGAAGUUCCGUUACAAUGAGCUCAUGCAGGCCCUGAACAUGUCUGCAGCCCUGACCGCCCGGAAGACCAAGGAGUUCCGCUCACCCCCCCAGGAGCAGAUCAACAUGCUUCUUAACUUUCAUCUGGGAGAGAACUGCCCCUGCCCAGACGAGAUCCGGGAGGAGCUGUAUGACUUCCACGAUGACCUUCUCACUCACUGUGGGGUUCCCCUGGAGGAAGAGGAAGACGAGGAGGAGGACACCUCCUGGACUGGAAAACUCUGUGCCUUGGUGUAUAAAAUCAAAGGCCCUCCCAAGCCAGAGAAGGAGAAGCCGACAGAGGAGGAAGAGAGCUGCCCUACGACACUGAAGGAGCUCAUCUCACAGACGAUGAUCCGCUGGGCCCAAGAGGACCAGAUCCAGGACGCAGAACUAGUCCGGAUGAUGUUCAGCCUCCUCCGGAGACAGUACGACAGCAUCGGGGAGCUGCUGCAGGCGCUGCGGAAGACCUACACCAUCAGCCAGGCCUCCGUGGGCGACACCAUCAACCUGCUGGCUGCCCUGGGCCAGAUUCGCUGCCUGCUCAGUGUCAGGAUGGGCAAAGAAGAGGAGAUGCUCAUGAUCAAUGGGCUGGGAGACAUAAUGAACAACAAGGUGUUUUACCAGCACCCCAACCUCAUGCGAGUCCUCGGCAUGCACGAGACAGUGAUGGAGGUGAUGGUGAACGUGUUGGGCGCAGAGAAAUCUCAGAUUGCUUUCCCAAAGAUGGUUGCUAGCUGUUGCCGCUUCCUUUGCUAUUUCUGUCGAAUUAGCCGGCAAAAUCAGAAGGCCAUGUUUGAGCAUCUCAGUUACCUGCUGGAGAACAGCAGUGUUGGCCUAGCCUCCCCAUCGAUGAGGGGAUCCACUCCGCUGGAUGUGGCAGCUUCCUCCGUGAUGGACAACAAUGAGUUAGCGCUGGGCUUAGAGGAGCCAGACCUCGAGAAGGUGGUGACCUACUUGGCAGGCUGUGGGCUACAGAGCUGCCCCAUGCUUCUGGCCAAAGGGUACCCUGAUGUGGGCUGGAACCCCAUUGAAGGGGAGCGUUACCUGUCCUUCCUGAGGUUUGCUGUCUUCGUGAACAGUGAAAGUGUGGAAGAAAAUGCUAGUGUCGUGGUCAAGCUGCUCAUCAGACGCCCCGAGUGCUUCGGCCCAGCCCUGCGGGGUGAAGGAGGGAACGGUCUGCUGGCGGCUAUGCAAGGUGCCAUUAAGAUCUCUGAGAACCCAGCCCUCGACCUCCCCUCUCAGGGAUACAAGAGAGAAGUACCACUUGGCAAAAUCAAGAAGUUGCCAAGCUCUUUGAGCAACAUCGUGCCUCCCUACAGCUUCAGCACGGGAGGGAACUGUGUAGAGGCUGAAAGACCUCGACUGGAGAAGGAAAUUUAUCGUUGGCCAGCCAGAGAGUCCCUGAAAACCAUGUUGGCCAUGGGCUGGACUGUGGAGAGGACCAAAGAGGGAGAAGCCCUAGUUCAACAGCGAGAAAACGAGAAGCUCCGAAGCAUGUCCCAGGCCAGCCAGGGCAACAGCUACAGUCCAGCCCCCCAGGACCUCUCCAAUGUGGUGCUCUCCAGAGAGCUCCAGGGAAUGGUGGAGGUGGUAGCUGAGAACUAUCACAAUAUCUGGGCCAAGAAGAAGAAGCUGGAGCUAGAGAGCAAAGGUGGUGGCAGUCACCCUCUUUUGGUACCAUAUGACACCUUGACUGCCAAGGAAAAGUUUAGGGACCGAGAAAAGGCACAGGACCUGUUUAAAUUCCUCCAAGUGAACGGCAUCGUGGUGUCUAGAGGUAUGAAGGAUAUGGAGCUGGAUGCCUCCUCCAUGGAAAAGAGGUUUGCCUAUAAAUUUUUGAAGAAGAUCCUGAAAUAUGUUGAUUCUGCUCAAGAGUUUAUUGCCCAUUUGGAAGCCAUUGUCAGCAGUGGGAAAACUGAAAAGUCUCCCCAUGACCAGGAGAUCAAAUUCUUUGCCAAAGUUCUCCUCCCACUGGUUGACCAGUACUUCACCAAUCACCGCCUCUUCUUCCUGUCAUCCCCUCUGAAGCCCCUUAGCAGCAGCGGGUAUGCCUCCCAUAAGGAGAAAGAAAUGGUGGCCAGCCUGUUCUGCAAACUUGCUGCUCUUGUUCGACACAGGAUCUCCCUCUUUGGAAGUGAUUCUACUACGAUGGUGAGCUGUCUUCACAUCUUAGCUCAGACUCUUGACACAAGGACUGUCAUGAAGUCAGGCUCAGAGCUGGUGAAGGCCGGGUUACGAGCAUUCUUUGAAAAUGCUGCGGAGGACUUAGAGAAGACUUCCGAAAACCUGAAGCUCGGGAAGUUUACCCAUUCCAGAACGCAGAUUAAAGGCGUUUCCCAGAACAUUAACUACACCACAGUGGCGCUGCUCCCCAUCCUGACGUCCAUCUUUGAGCACGUGGCUCAGCAUCAGUUCGGGGUGGAUUUACUCUUGGGUGACGUGCAGAUUUCAUGCUACCACAUACUGUUCAGCCUGUACUCCCUUGGGACGGGAAAGAACAUCUAUGUUGAAAGACAACGUCCUGCCCUUGGAGAAUGUCUGGCUUCCCUGGCAGCUGCCAUCCCAGUGGCAUUCCUGGAGCCCACCCUUAACCGCUACAAUCCACUCUCAGUCUUCAACACCAAAACCCCCAGGGAGAGAUCUAUUCUGGGGAUGCCAGACACGGUGGAAGAGAUGUGUCCUGACCUCCCCCAGCUGGAAGGCCUGAUGAAGGAAAUCAACGACCUGGCCGAGUCGGGGGCCCGGUACACGGAGAUGCCCCACAUCAUCGAGGUGAUCUUGCCCAUGCUCUGCAACUACCUGUCCUACUGGUGGGAGCGAGGGCCCGAGCACCUGCCGCCCAGCACUGGGCCCUGGUGCACCAUGGUCACCUCUGAACACCUCAGUGUCAUCUUGGGCAACAUUCUGAAAAUCAUCAACAACAACCUGGGCAUCGAUGAGGCCUCCUGGAUGAAGCGCAUUGCAGGUACCAUAGAUGCCUUUCUCCCUUGGCCCUGGCUCAGGGACCAAGAUAGCUUUUUGAAGCAAACAUUCCUGCCCCACUCCCCAGCUAAUCCAGGCCCCUCAGACCUCCAGGAAGCCCUUCUUGAUAAACUCUACCUAACUCAGACAAGCAUUGCUUCAUUCGCCUUUGGUACAUCUAACUGGCUCAAAAGCCCCGAUGCUGAUUCUGACCAGCUCUUCCGCAUGGUGGCAGAGGUCUUCAUCCUGUGGUGUAAAUCUCACAACUUCAAGAGGGAAGAGCAAAAUUUUGUGAUUCAGAAUGAAAUUAAUAAUUUGGCAUUUUUAACUGGAGACAGCAAAAGCAAGAUGUCAAAAGCCAUGCAAGUAAAGUCUGGAGGACAGGACCAGGAACGGAAGAAGACGAAGCGGAGGGGAGACUUGUACUCCAUCCAGACCUCCCUCAUCGUGGCGGCACUCAAGAAAAUGCUGCCCAUUGGUUUGAAUAUGUGCACCCCGGGCGAUCAGGAGCUGAUCUCCCUGGCAAAGGCACGAUACAGCUAUAGGGACACAGAUGAAGAGGUGAAGGAACACCUGCGGAAUAAUUUGCACUUGCAGGAAAAGUCUGAUGACCCAGCUGUAAAGUGGCAAUUGAACCUCUACAAGGAUGUGUUGAAGAGCGAAGAACCUUCCAAUCCAGAAAAGACAGUGGAGCGUGUGCAGAGAAUUUCAGCAGCAGUCUUCCACCUGGAGCAGGUGGAGCAGCCUUUGAGGUCCAAGAAGGCAGUUUGGCACAAACUGUUGUCAAAGCAGCGGAAACGGGCAGUGGUGGCCUGUUUCAGGAUGGCCCCUCUAUACAACCUGCCCAGGCACCGCUCUAUUAACCUCUUCCUCCAUGGCUAUCAGAGAUUUUGGAUAGAAACAGAGGAGUAUUCCUUUGAAGAGAAACUAGUACAGGAUUUGGCUCAAUCUCCCAAGGUGGAAGAGGAGGAGGAGGAGGAGACGGACAAGCAGCCAGACCCGCUUCACCAGAUCAUUCUCCAUUUCAGCCGCAAUGCUCUCACGGAGAGGAGCAAAUUGGAAGACGACCCUCUGUACACCUCCUACUCCAGCAUGAUGGCCAAGAGUUGUCAGAGUGGGGAGGACGACGAAGAAGAGGAAGACAAGGAAAAAACAUUUGAAGAGAAAGAAAUGGAAAAGCAGAAAACCCUCUAUCAGCAAGCUCGGCUGCAUGAGCGUGGUGCCGCAGAGAUGGUCCUUCAGAUGAUAAGUGCCAGCAAAGGUGAGAUGAGCCCCAUGGUGGUGGAGACUCUGAAGCUGGGGAUCGCCAUCCUGAAUGGAGGCAACGCGGGUGUGCAACAGAAAAUGUUAGAUUACCUAAAGGAGAAAAAGGAUGCCGGAUUCUUUCAAAGCCUUUCUGGUCUUAUGCAGUCUUGCAGUGUCCUUGAUUUGAACGCAUUUGAGAGGCAGAAUAAAGCUGAAGGCCUGGGGAUGGUUACUGAGGAAGGAACACUCAUUGUUCGUGAGCGUGGUGAAAAAGUACUCCAGAAUGACGAGUUUACACGAGAUCUCUUUAGAUUCCUACAGUUACUCUGUGAAGGACAUAACAAUGACUUUCAGAACUUCCUGCGGACUCAGAUGGGCAACACCACCACUGUGAAUGUCAUCAUCAGCACUGUGGACUACCUUCUGCGUCUUCAGGAAUCAAUCAGUGAUUUCUACUGGUAUUAUUCAGGGAAGGACAUCAUUGAUGAAUCUGGACAGCACAAUUUCUCCAAAGCUCUGGUGGUCACCAAGCAGAUUUUCAAUUCUCUUACUGAAUACAUCCAGGGGCCUUGCAUUGGGAACCAACAGAGCCUGGCUCACAGCAGGCUGUGGGACGCAGUGGUCGGCUUCCUCCACGUCUUUGCUAACAUGCAAAUGAAACUCUCUCAGGAUUCCAGUCAGAUCGAGCUGCUGAAGGAACUCUUGGAUCUCCUUCAGGACAUGGUGGUGAUGCUUCUGUCCCUCCUGGAAGGGAAUGUGGUAAAUGGAACUAUUGGCAAGCAGAUGGUUGACACACUGGUAGAAUCAUCUACCAAUGUAGAAAUGAUCUUGAAAUUCUUUGACAUGUUCUUGAAACUUAAAGACUUAACCAGCUCAGACACCUUCAAAGAAUAUGACCCAGAUGGUAAAGGGAUUAUCUCCAAAAAAGAAUUCCAGAAGGCCAUGGAAGGGCAGAAACAGUACACACAGUCAGAGAUUGACUUUCUCCUUUCGUGUGCAGAAGCUGAUGAGAAUGACAUGUUUAACUACAUGGAUUUUGUAGACCGGUUCCAUGAGCCGGCCAAGGACAUAGGGUUUAAUGUGGCAGUGUUACUGACAAAUCUCUCCGAGCAUAUGCCAAAUGAUUCUCGGCUUAAGUGUCUGUUGGACCCAGCAGAAAGUGUGCUAAAUUACUUCGAACCAUACCUGGGACGCAUUGAGAUUAUGGGUGGAGCCAAGAAAAUUGAGCGUGUUUAUUUUGAGAUCAGUGAAUCCAGCCGAACUCAAUGGGAAAAGCCCCAAGUGAAGGAAUCUAAGCGACAGUUCAUCUUUGAUGUUGUCAAUGAAGGUGGGGAGCAAGAAAAAAUGGAACUGUUUGUGAACUUCUGUGAGGAUACCAUCUUUGAAAUGCAGUUAGCAUCUCAGAUCUCUGAAUCUGACUCAACCGACAGGCCAGAAGAGGAGGAGGAGGAGGAGGAAGACGAAGAUUCUUCUUACACGUUAGAAAUUGAGGGUGAAGAGGAGGAGAAGUCUUUUGAGUCUGCCUCUGCGUUUGCCAUGGCCUGUGCCUCAGUAAAGAGAAAUGUUGCCAACUUUCUAAAGAGGGCAACCCUGAAAAACCUCAGGAAGCAAUACAGGAAGGUGAAAAAGAUGACUGUGAAGGAGCUGGUGAAGGUGUUACUCUCUUUCUUCUGGAUGUUGUUCGUGGGACUAUUCCAAUUGUUCUUCGCCAUAUUGGGAGGAAUCUUUCAGAUCCUCUGGAACACAGUGUUUGGAGGGGGCCUGGUAGAAGGAGCAAAGAACAUCAGGGUGACCAAGAUCCUGGGGGACAUGCCUGAUCCAACCCAAUUUGGUAUCCAUGAUGAUGCUAUGGAGGCUGAGAGGGCAGAAGUGACUGAGCCAGGUAUCACCACUGAACUAGUACACUUCAUAAAGGGUGAGAAAGGAGAUGCAGAUAUUAUGUCAGGUGUUUUUGGACUCCACUCAAAGAAAGAAGGUGGCUUAAAGCAUGGGCCCGAAGUGGGUUUGGGUGACUUCUCGGAGAUUAUUGGCAAGGAUGAACCCCCUACACUAGAGAGUACUGUACGGAAGAAAAGGAAAGCACAGGCAGCAGAGAUGAAAGCAGCUCAUGAUUCAGAAGGAAAAGUAGAACCCGAGAAGGCAGACAUGGAAGAUGGAGAGAAGGAGUAUAGAGCCAGAGAAGGAGAGGAAGCCAAGGCCCUGUGGACAGAAGCGACCAAAAAGAAGAAGCGACAGCAUGGCCAGAAAGUUGAGAAGCCUGAAGCCUUCACGGCCAAUUUCUUUAAAGGGCUGGAAAUCUAUCAGACCAAGUUGCUGCACUACCUGGCCAGGAAUUUCUACAACCUGAGGUUCCUUGCUCUGUUUGUAGCCUUCGCUAUCAACUUCAUCCUGCUCUUUUACAAGGUCACUGAAGAUCCUUUAGAAGAAGAGACAGAGGACGUUACAAACCUGUGGCAUUCCUUCAAUGACGAGGAAGAGGAAGAAGCAGUGGUGUUCUUUGUCCUGCAGGAGAGCACUGGGUAUAUGGCCCCGACGCUGCGGGCGCUGGUCAUUAUCCACACCAUCAUCUCCUUCGUCUGUGUGGUGGGCUAUUACUGCCUGAAGGUCCCCUUGGUGGUAUUCAAGAGGGAAAAAGAAAUUGCCAGGAAGCUGGAGUUCGAUGGCCUGUAUAUCACAGAACAGCCAUCUGAAGAUGACAUCAAGGGGCAGUGGGACCGCCUGGUAAUCAACACACCAUCUUUUCCUAAUAACUACUGGGACAAAUUUGUAAAGAGAAAGGUGAUCAACAAGUAUGGAGAUCUGUAUGGAGCAGAACGCAUUGCUGAACUCCUAGGUUUGGACAAAAAUGCCCUUGACUUUAGCCCAGUCGAAGAAACCAAAGCAGAGGAGGCCUCUCUGGUGUCAUGGCUGAGUUCCAUCGACAUGAAGUACCAUAUCUGGAAGCUGGGAGUGGUUUUUACCGACAAUUCCUUUCUCUACCUUGCCUGGUACACAACCAUGUCCAUCCUGGGCCACUACAACAACUUCUUCUUCGCUGCUCAUCUGCUGGAUAUCGCCAUGGGCUUCAAGACACUGAGGACGAUUCUAUCAUCUGUAACUCACAACGGCAAACAGCUCGUUUUGACUGUUGGUCUCCUGGCCGUGGUGGUUUAUCUGUACACUGUGGUGGCUUUCAACUUCUUCCGCAAGUUCUACAACAAAAGUGAGGAUGACGACGAGCCGGAUAUGAAGUGUGAUGACAUGAUGACGUGUUACCUAUUCCACAUGUACGUGGGUGUGAGAGCUGGAGGCGGCAUUGGUGAUGAAAUUGAAGACCCUGCUGGGGAUCCUUAUGAAAUGUACCGCAUAGUCUUUGACAUCACCUUUUUCUUCUUUGUCAUUGUCAUCUUGUUGGCCAUCAUUCAAGGUCUUAUUAUUGAUGCUUUUGGAGAGCUAAGAGACCAGCAGGAACAAGUGAGAGAAGAUAUGGAGACUAAAUGUUUCAUCUGUGGGAUCGGCAAUGAUUACUUCGACACGACUCCUCAUGGUUUUGAGACACAUACAUUACAAGAGCACAACUUAGCCAACUACUUGUUCUUCCUGAUGUAUUUGAUUAACAAAGAUGAAACAGAGCACACGGGUCAGGAAUCUUAUGUCUGGAAGAUGUACCAGGAAAGGUGUUGGGAUUUCUUCCCAGCUGGUGACUGCUUUCGGAAACAAUAUGAGGAUCAGCUCAGCUAAAUAUGAAUGAAAGAAACUCCACAAUUCUGGACUGUCAACUUGCAGUGAAAUCAAAAACCCUUCUUUUAUACUUCUGCAACAUUUUUGAAAGGUGACAUUUUCUAAAUGCUUCCCUUUACAACAAGAAAGUGUUGGUUAAAACUCUGAUAUUUUUAAAUUGAUUGGGCUUUUUGUGCCUAAUGGACAGACCCUGUGGGCGAUAUCCUGUCAAAAUGUUCAGAGAGAAAUAGAGAUGACAAAGGGUAGUCAAGGACUCUCUAGCCCAAUGCCUGCAAGGUUUUCAGUUCUAACGUAACCUGUUUGUCGGGAUAGCACCACUGAGGAAAGGACUCGAAAUAUGAAGUCUUGGAUGCAUAAUAUAUGAAAUUCUAAACACUUGACUGUCACAUGACAGUAUCCACUAGUGACUCAUGGUCUGAACUACAAAAAAAACAAAAAUCAUUGUAACUGCAGUCUAAUUUUUUCCCAUGGUACUUGCUAGUGAAUGUAUCCAGACUCACCUUGAAAAGCUUUAAGCAGUUAAAGAAAUAGAAAAAACAAACCAACACUUUGUCGACACUGAAAUAUCGAUUAAGUGCCUUAAAAACCUCUUUAGAUAUAGCUAUGCAAGUUUUUUAUGUUCCCGAUGGACAGGUUCAAUUAGUUGUGUUGAUCUUUUGUCUUACUUUAAGAAACUGCACUUGAAGGUUAUUAAUACAAUUAUUUUUUUCAGUAACAGCUUGUUAACUGCUGUUAUUAGAAGAAAAGUACUGUACUGAAAAGUCGAAGAAAAAUCUCAGUCUUAUGCCAAAUUGAGUAAUGCUUUACGGUCCCUUGUAAGUAGUAGAGCUGCUAUGUUUAGGUGACUCUCCUUAACUAAAAUGAAGUGCCCACUGCAAUAAAGUAAUACAUACAUAUC